GAAGCAGCAGUGGGACUACUAGCGGAAGGAGAAGUGGACCUCGGAGUAAGAAAACUCGGAGUUAGAACCUACAAAGCAGGUAGCUCCCCGGACUAAAGCUGCCCGUCUCCUAAAGUCAGGUUCUCAGGUUCCACGUGACAGGCUCACCCAGAGCCUCCCGCAAACUCCUCCUUUUCCCAGCCCACCCUCAGGGCCCUGACCCGGAGCGGGAGCUUCCCAAGCCCAGACGCGCGAGCUUCCAGGGCAGCCUCCCGAGCGCCAGGCCCGGGCUAUGGAGCCGAGAGGUGCCUUCCCGCGGGCAUGCUGCCUGGUGAGCAGCUUGUAUGUCUGCUUUGUCUUUGUCCUCCCGGUCGGGGACUCUGCCCCUGCGUCCCGAGUGCAGGACCCUGCGGUGGGACAGUUCUGGCAUGUGACUGACUUACAUCUAGAUCCUACAUACCACAUCACUGAGGACCAUACAAAAGUAUGCUCAUCAUCCCAAGGAGCAAAUGCUUCCAACCCUGGUCCAUUUGGAGAUUUUCUCUGUGAUUCUCCAUACCAGCUCAUUCUAUCAGCAUUUAAUUUCAUUAAGAAUUCUGGACAACAAGCAUCUUUCAUGAUAUGGACUGGGGAUAGCCCUCCUCAUGUUCCAGUAAAGGAACUCUCUACGGAUAUAGUCAUAAAUGUCAUUGGCAACAUGACAACCACCAUCCAAAGCCUCUUUCCCAAUUUCCAGGUUUUCCCUGCUUUGGGCAAUCAUGACUACUGGCCUCAGGAUCAACUGCCUGUAUCCACCAGCAAAGUAUAUGAAGCUGCAGCAAACUUCUGGAAACCAUGGUUAACGGAGGAAGCCAUCAAUACUUUGAGGAGAGGUGGCUUUUACUCACAGACUGUUCCAUCCCAUUUGAGCAGUCAAUCCCUCAGAAUCAUCAGCCUAAACACAAACUUGUACUAUAGCCCCAAUGCUGUCACUUUGAACAAGACUGAUCCAGCAAAUCAAUUUGAGUGGCUGGAGAACACGCUAAACAGCUCUCGGCAAAAUAAAGAAAAGGUGUAUGUGAUAGGACAUGUACCAGUGGGCUAUCUACCAUAUUCAAGAAAUACAACUGCUAUAAGAGAAUAUUACAAUGAGAAACUGAUUGGUAUUUUCCAUAAAUACAGUGAUAUUAUUGUAGGACAAUUUUACGGACACACUCACAGGGAUAGUAUUAUGGUCCUUGCAGAUAGAAAAGGAAAUCCAGUCAGUUCCUUGUUUGUGGCUCCUGCUGUGACACCAGUGAAGAGUGUUCUUGAAAAGCAAACCAACAACCCUGGCGUCAGAUUGUUUCAGUAUGAUCUUGAUGAUUACCGAUUGCUGGAUACUUGGCAGUAUUAUUUAAACCUUACAGAGGCUAACAUGAAAGAAGAACCCAGCUGGAAGUUGGAAUACAUCCUGACAAAGGCUUAUGGCAUUGAAGAUUUGCAGCCAAAAAAUUUAUAUGACUUAGCUAAGCAAUUUGCCACCUUAGAUAGUAAACAGUUCUUAACAUACUACAAGUAUUUCUUUGUGAGUUAUGAUAGCAGUGUAAUUUGCGAUAAAGAAUGCAAGAUUGAACAGAUUUGUGCAAUUAUGAAUCUUGACGAGGCAUCCUAUACAGACUGCUUCAAACAAUAUGGCCUCUAGCACAGGCAAUAGUUAUUUCUUCAUUAUUUUUUUUUAAAGUGUUCUUUUUCUUAUUGAUUAAUUUGUGGGAAUUUAUGUAAAUUCUUCUGUGAAUUACUGUGGCAUUAAAUGGAGGUCUUUCCCUCUUUAAUCGUGUCCAAUUUUAUAUAUUUGCUUAACAUUUUGAUUUUUCAAUAUUGUUGGAACAAUAUUUAUAUAGGCUAUUAUUCAGUGACUUUUGGAUGUGAAUUUUCAUUUCCUUAGUUGUAUAAUUAUUUUCAAAGUAGCGGAACUUGUCAUUUACACAGCAAAGCAAAUGACCACUUGAGCAAAAGCCACAUGACCAAUUUUAUUGUCUUUCAAUUCAAUCGGAAACAGUUUUAUAUGGGGAAAAAAAAAACUACAUAAUGUAGGUUUUGCUUUUGAUAAAGUUUGUAUAAGCCAGAUUCUAAACUAACUAGGUGAAAAAUGGAAAAGUGAAAUUUAUUUUCAUCUUUACAGUUAGGUAAAACCACUGAAUUUAUUUAUGCCAGUUUCUGCUUUUGCAACUUUUUGUAUAAUAAUUGAAUAUAUAAUCCAAUUCACCUUAUCCUCUCUGGGAAAUAGAGCCCUACAUAGCAUUUUUGUGAUUGGGGUUUGAAGGAAAAGAAUGCAAUCCAUACUUUUCCCACUCCCAUUGUACCUCUAGUACACUAACUCUAUACAUGUUAGAUUUUGGAUAAAGAAAGGCUCUCAAAGUGAUUGUGUUAGGAACAUAAAUGAGAAGAGAGAAAAAAAAAGGUGUUCUUAUUGUAGGUAGGGAUAUAUUUACCAUUUUUUGUCUUUAUUCUCUUAACUAGACCACAAGUUAUUGCCUCAUGUAAUAUUUUUUUCCCAAGGGAAUGAGAAUUGGAAAAACUGGUAUAAUUUAUUUGCAGUGCUAUGAAGGCUAUGUCAGUGUCUUUAUUACAAACCAAAGAGAAGAAUUAUGUUCAAGCAUUUUUAAAAUCUUGACUUCAUGGAUUAAUAAGUUCAAUAAAUAAAGAUGUUCUUAAGAGUAAAAUAAAGUUAUCAUGAUUUCUAUAGGACUGAGAAAAGAAAGAAAAGAAAAUAUCCUAAACUGGAUAGAGUGAAUAUAGAAAAUAUUGCACUUGGUACUCAUUAGGUAACAUGGUUUUUUGCUGUGUUUUUUAAAAGGUGAAAUUUAUUGUGCUUUGAAAUGAAAAUGCUGAAAAAAUAUUUUGUUUUAAUAAUUUGUAUAUAUGCUAUGGGUAAAUCACUUUAUACAUGCCUCCAACUGUAAAAAAUGGCAGGCAGGUACUGUGCAAUAUUGUUUUUAUUACUGGAUGAUAGUAUUCUGAUAUUAUGAAUGUACCAACCACUUUAUAAAUUAUUUUUAUUUCUACUGAGAAAAUUGGAACAUGCAAUUUAAAUAAACUGUGGAAAAUCUAGGACCAUUUUGAUCAGUACUUACAUAAUUUCUGCAUUCUUCAGAAGCAGUAGGCAAUUUUUAUGCCUGUUUAUAAUAUCCAUUUCAGGUUGUGUCCAAAUAUACAAUAAAUUAUAAUAUGUCUACA